CCGAGCGAUAUAUUUCAAGAUCCUUCCAGGGAUCCAUUAAUCAGCUCCCGGGGGCCCACACCUUGAACAACCCUGUCUGAAGGCCUCCCCCAAACCCCCUCUUCUCUCUCUCUCGUUAUUUUAGCUUGCCCGAGAUCCCUUCAUUUCUCCUGCUUCCUUGUUGCACUACGGAGUACCUCUAUAGCUACAUAUUUAGUCAUUGUCAUGGCCGCUUCUGUUGGUCGCCUUCACGGCAAAACCGCCGUCGUGACUGGAGCUUCCUCUGGGAUUGGACGGGCCAUCGCCUUGAGGUACGCGGCCGAGGGCGCACACGUGGUGUGUGCGGACAUUGAUUCUGCGUCCAAAGACCCGGAUGACACCAGGCCAACUCAUGAAGCUAUUAACCAAGAGUACCCUGCGGGCGAGGGUACUUCGCAGCGAUCGAUAUUCGUCAAGACAGAUGUCACUUCUGGUACCGAAGUGGAAAACCUGGUUCGGGAAUGUGUAAAGGCAUUUGGAAGAUUGGAUAUAAUGGUUAACAAUGCCGGAGUUGCUAAUGGCCCGAGCAACCCGCCGGGUCCAAUCCACAAAACCCCCGAAUCCUCGUGGGAUACAAUCGUAGGGGUCAAUGCCAAAGGCGUUUGGCUGGGGUGUAAAUACGCCAUCACCCAAAUGCUAAACCAAGAUCCGCACCCCAGUGGUGACAGAGGCUGGGUCAUCAACAUGGCCUCGGUUCUUGGUUUAGUCGGCAGCACCGGGACCAGUCCAUACUGUGCAUCUAAGGGUGCUGUGGUCCAGAUGACUAAAUCAAUAGCACUGGAUUAUGGACAGGAUAGAAUACAUGUCAACGGCAUCGCACCAGGCUACAUUGAAACGCCCUUGGUCAAGCCUUUCCUCGAUCCCCAUUCCCCCGAUCCGCGUGCAAGAGCACUGUAUGCGGCCAUUGGCUCUAAACAUCCAUUCGCGCAACGAAUGGGUAAGCCGGAAGAAAUAGCCGGCUCCGCUGUGUUUUUGGCUUCCGAUGAUGCGAGCUGGAUCACUGGCCAUAUAUUGCCAGUGGAAGGAGGGUAUCUUGCACAGUAGCCAGAGUUUAAUUGAAUAAACUGAUUUGUGUAAUCAUCCUAUAGAGCAGGGUGACCUGCCCGCGAUGAAUCAUGGAAAUUGAGGACCUUUUGAAUCCAAUGGAAUAAUCAACAGAAGUAGAUUUUUGCCAGA